AAAAAGCCGACGAUGUCCAAGGUUAUUAUAAAAAGCAAAAUGAUUCGAAUUUCUACAACGCCCUAAAAGAAGUGUACAGCCGCAGAUCUUCAGGAUAAACCCCCCACCCCCUCUUAAUUUCAACGGGAACACUCUCGUCGCAGAUAAAGAAAAUUGUGGAAAGGUCGGCAAAGAACUUUGAAAUUCCCUUCCACCUUCAAUAAUAAGGCAAAUUUGUCUCCUCAAGUGUCAUUCCACGAGAGACCGGGUGACCCUCCCAGCAUGCUUGAGACCCAAAAAGUUAUACGCCUUCAAUCCAAUGGCAGUGCAUUGUCAACUGUCGCCAUCCCAGCUGAAUGCUACAAGCAGGGAGGGACAACCAUUACUGCAAGGCUCAACAAGAUGUUUCUUCGUAAGUGGGAGCAAGAGGCGAUUUCCCAGUCAUUCAAAGACGCUUCCAUCAUGCAUGUAUACACGUGCAAAGGAAACAUACAGGCAUUGUGGACUAAGCAAGAAACUAGGAACCAUCGGCAUGGACUUUGCUGCCAGGUAGCUCCAAGAAAACUGCAUGAACAAAACACUAAUCUGUUCUCAACCUAUGUCGACCUAACAAGAGCUUUUGCAAUUGUAAGCAGAGAGGGUCAGUUAAAGAUCAUGGCCAAGAACGGAUGCCCACGGAUAUGCAUUGUCCUGUAACAAUAAAGCCACGAAGGGAUGAAGAGUUCAGGAGAGCGGAGGAUCAUCCAUUUCCUGUUACAAACGGGGUCAUGCAAGGCUGCGUCCUGGCACCGACAGUGUUUAGCAUGAUGUGUUCCACCAUAUUCACAAACGCUUUCAGAUACCAGGAUGUUGGUGUUAAUCUGAGAUACCGCAUAAAUUGUUCAAUAAUUCAACCUUUUGUUUAUUCUUGAACGAAAGUGCAAAUGUAUCCAUUGUUGAAAUUAUAAUGCAAAUUGUAACCUAAAAUAAAAAUUGUAUUCAGUAUAUACUUGUUGUGCAAAAGGUUUAGUUGUUGAAAAUAUGGUUUACAUAGCUCACAUACAUUUAUAAUUCAU